GCACGGACGUGCUUGGUCCGAUCGUGGCUCGGAGAGGCACGAGAUGUCGGACCGGUCAAUGUCGCGCCCCAGACUCUACAAGGACACACCAGGACCGCCUGCAGCGUGGCAGAAGCGGAGGGCGGUGAGCCUUCCCCGGUCCCAGCCGGAGCGCGAGGGCCAAGGCUGGGACUCAGGGUCCCAGCACUCCUGGCGUGAGCGCUCCAACAGCGAUUGGACCUGGAAGACCGGAGGCUGGGACAACCAGAGCGACAGCCAGGACUGGAACUACUCCGUCACAGGCUUGAUGGGCAGAUGGACGAAGACGGUCGGCGCCGACUGGGGCUGGGAUAGGCAGCGCGGCGACUGGAGACGAGAUUCAGGCUACAACAGUUGGGGGGCGGCCCAUAACGCCGGCGAGGCGUCAGGUCAGAAACGGAAGCUGGAUCCCUACAAC